AUGGGCUCGGCUUUGUCGAUGCCGGCUGUUAGGGGGAAAGGAGCCGAUUUGUUUGCCAAGAGGCAGUCUCGUAUGGAGAAGUAUGUUGUGGAUUCGGACACUGUGCUGGCAGCCACUGCACAGGCAGCUCAGCAAGCCCAGGCAGCCACUGCGCAGGCAAACAAGGCAAGGCCCACGUCGCCCUCUCCCUCCGUACCACAUUCAUGGAAAUAUUCACCCAAUUGCAGAGCUCCCCCUACAUCGAAUUACAACCCCAUACAGUCUCCUUCCUACCCACCAGGGGCCAUUAAGCAACCCCCUCCAUCUAGCCCUGCAGCCAAAGCCAAGAAAGGGAAAGGCAAACCUGCCUGCAAACCCCUUGCUGUUAUAGAUGUCAUGAAACAUCAGCCUUAUCAGCUCAAUGCCUCCCUCUUUACUUACGGCCCAGCAGUGGAGGCUGCCGAGGCUGCCAAGGCAGCUGCACCAAAGCCUGCCCCAGCUCCUGCCCCAGUCCCUCCAAACCAAAACCCACCAAUAAAAUAUGAGCAAGCUGUUCCUGUCCAGCCGGCUGGACCAAUGAAUGCUCCCUAUCCACAGCAGCACCAGCAGCUCUACGGGAUUCCCCCUCAACCACCCAUGCAUGAUAGUCCCUACCCCCAAGCCUCACCUAAUGCUUACCAGCCAUCUAACAAUCCCUACCAGCAGGUUCCUGCCGGUUCUUACCAACAUCCAUAUAAUCCCCCUUACCAACAACCCCCUCCAGCCCCUUAUCAACCCCAUCCCCAGCACCAAGCUCCAAACCCUUCUUACCAACAGACCCCCCAAGGUCCUUAUCAGCCAGCCCAUAGCCCCCCCUACCAAGUGGCACCCCAAGCCCCCUACCAGCCACUACCUCCCAGUACCUAUGUGGUGCCCAGCUUUCCCAUAGCGGCAAAGUCUGAGUCCAUCUCUGGGGGCAGCACAGCUCCAAAGCCCAGGUUCAUGGCCAAAAAGAGUUCAGCCCAGGUGUGGAAGCCAGCAGCUGCGGAGAAAGAAUGA